AGUAAUCUAGUGUAACGACAAUGACGCUUCGAAGAGCGACGCGUUGGUUAAUAAUCUAAACAAUCAAAAAUCAACGGAUUUAAUUAACAAUUUUAUCCCAAAGCGUAAUUACGACGUAAAUACAUUCAACCAAAUAAAAUCUUCAUAAAAUCAAGGUACUGUUUUAUGAAAACCGCUCAUUUAAUUCAAUCGAUCGUGGUGCCCUCUACAUAGCUCAACAACUAAACGACGAACAAAUCGUUGAUAAGUGUAGUGUUGCAUUAUUCCAAGCGAAAAUAAUCGGAAAAUCCCGCUUUUCAAGCUUUCCUCAAUAGAGACAUCCCAUAAAUUUCAACCGCAGUGAAAACCACCAUAAGAAGCACCCAGGGAAAGUAUCAAUAUCGUUCUGGAGAGGCCCCAAAUAAUGCGUAACACACGUGGGACGUUGAAAGAGGCUCGUUAAAGGUAGACAUUUCGUUUGAGUACCCACAGUUGUUAUAAUAAACGGAAGCAAAUGGAUGCAUCAGUCUCAACAAGACGAGGUACCCGUGUGAAAAUGGCCCCGCAAAAGAACACCGAAGAACCUGUCGAAGCCGAAACGGCGCGAAAUCUUAAUGGCAACAAAGAUGGAGUUGAAGAGGACGCGGGGAGCGUUGAGAAGGCUCCAGAGGUGAAAUUGGACGAAGAAAAGGAAUCGCCAAAGAAGACGGUUGAAGAAGAAGGUGAUGAGCCAAAAAAGGUUAAUGAAGUUAAACUUCCGGAAUCGAGUGAAGCUGAAGAAUCUGCCUCUUCGGAAGUGGAAACUGAAGGUGAAAGAGAAGUUAUCGAGCCAGAAAAGAAAGAUGACAUUCAAGAUGAAAAUAACAUGUCUGUACCUGAAAAACAACAAUUAGGUAAAGGAAAACGUGCUCGAAUUCCUAACAAACGUUAUAGCGAUAUACUAAUCUCUGCUCGUCAAGAAAAGCAAAAACGUAUUGAAAAUGGCGAAAAUGCAGAACAAACGGAAAUAAGCACACCUUCAUCAACCUCUUCAAAUUAUGGUGGUAUAGUAGCGGUGGUAAAAGGUACACCGAGACGAGCAGAAAGCCCAUUAUUUUCCUCUUCAAAAAAGCGAAAGGUACAGGUUGAUUUGAAUAACCCUAAUUUUUUGAAACCAUUUGAAUUCGGAUGGAAACGGGAACUCGUCUAUCGAGCCACCUCGGAUUCCUUGACAAAGAAACAAGGGGAUAUUUAUUAUUAUACCCCGGCAGGGAAGAAAGUUCGCUCGAUGCGGGAGGUUUCUGAAAAUCUGGAUGAAAAAGAAUUGACCUUGGACAAUUUUACUUUUUACAAGGAACCUUUAGGGCUCGACGAUCCGGAUAAAGAAAUUAUUAGGGAUGCUAAAUUGAAGAUAGGUGGAAAGGAGGAGGUUCCGGUUGUUGAACCGCCACCCAAAACUGAAAAUAAGCGUGGAACUAAAAGAACUGCCGGUAGAAGUACACCGGAAGUUGUUGAAACUCCACCUAAAAAAAAUAAUUCCACAACAAAGGCAAAGCCACCGGCUAAAACUCCCAUUGCAAAAGGUAAAACGAAGAAAAAAGCUGUGUCUAAGGAAGAUAGUGGUGAUUUAGAAAUGGGGACUUAUCCCCCAAAUUGGACGGAAAAGACCGCCCCCACCACCACAAGUACGCCAGCUAAAAAACCCGGGAGAUGGGCCAAUAAUGUAAAUGAGGAGGAUAAACAACAACCAUGUUCGAUUCGUUGCAAAAACGUUUGGAAACCGAUUCCGUCGUUACAAUGUCGUUACUGCCUAUGUCUUUACCACAACGAAUGCGUCGGUCUUUCACCUGUUGCCAUCAUCGAUGCUUACGUUUGCAAGAAUUGUCAACUGCGGCAACUACCGAGUACAGGGUCUUCUACUUCAAUUCUCCCACCACCGCCCUUAAUUUCCGCCCCAACAUCAUCGACUUCGACACUUCCAAAGUUACAACGGAUUCCCAAACAACAGCUACAACAGGAACAGGGUGUUUUAAAAUCCGAUAAUAAUUUAGAAAUGCCGAAAUUAACACCAAGGCCGGGUUUGGCGUUAAAACCAGACGGAAUCGAGCCGAAAUCGUUACUCGGUUCCGUGACAACUUGGUUUCCGUCAAGUUCGACGAUUCAGGUGGGAAACGGGGCGGAAAUAGCCGGCGAUGAACGAGUCGAAGUACCCCCACAUCCGAGACCGCAAACUGUCGAAUUUUUGGGACAGAAGAAGUUUUUAAUUGUACCAAAACAUAACAUUGUAUCUGUUAACCCAACGGUUGCUACAGUUACGGGGGAAGAUCUUGUUUCAGCACCUUUCACAGUUGGUUAUGACGUUGGGGAAUAUCCCGUGGAAGGCGCCGAAGUUAAAGAGGAGCCGAUUUCGCCGAAAAUUGGUUUAGAACAUACUGCUGCAAUGGAAAUUGAAGGGGUUGUUGAUUUAGAGGAAGACGAUGAUGAUGAAGAAGAUAAUUUACAGAAUAAAUCACCAACGACGCUAAAACCAUCAACUCGAUCAACAAAGCGAAGUGUUAACGCACCAGAAAAGCCCCCAUCGAUAAUCGAAACAUCAAAAAUACGAGAAAAACACUUACAAGACGCAGCUUAUUUCCACGGCUCGUUACUUUACGUUUUUCAAUACCUAAAAGUGCAAGAUUUACUUCGAGCCGGUUGCGUUUGUAAGAUGUGGAGCGACAUAGCGAAUCAUCGAAGCUUGUGGAGAACCGUUAGGAUGAAGAAUUCGCAAAUAUGUUCAUUUGAUGGGUUAGCGGAAACUCUAAAAAAACACGGUACCGUUCAUUUAGAUUUGCGUAAAACUUUGAUACCGGCCGAUGAAAACGAAGAUCGCUGGACGCAGUUCUCAGAUGCGAUAAAAAAAGCCGAUUCAUUACGUCAAUUAGAAUUGUGUAAAUGCCCCGCUAAUGUUAUUGAAAAAUUAGCGGAAUCUAACCCAAAAUUGGAAGUUUUAACCGCUUUAGCUAUAAAAUGCGAAAAAUUAUCACUACAACCAUUAUUGGGAUUAGAAAAUUUGAGAGAAUUAAAACUACGAGGUACUAACGGUUUAGUUUUAACAACUGAUUUGAAUGUUUUAAAAGAUUUGAAGAAUUUAAAAUCACUCACUCUUACAUCAAUUAAAGAUUUACAUAAUUUAAAUUUGAGUGUUUUGGGUGAAAUGAGUGAUUUAGAGUGUUUAGAAUUGGGUGAAUGUUCGGAUUUACCAACGAUUUUUGGGACGGAAGUUUUAUCGAAAUUAAAUAAAUUGGAAAAAUUGCGAUUGGAAAAAGGACAAGGUUCGUGUCAUAUAUUUGAAAUUUUAGAUGUUGUUAAAAACAUGCCUAAAUUGGAACAGCUCGAAUUGGUUAAUUUCGAUAUAAAAUCGGGUUUUGAUAAAGCUUUAGGAGCUUGUAAAAAUAUUAAAAAAUUAUUAAUCAUACCUACUUAUAUAUCACAAAGCGCAACAACAAAUCAUAUGGUGCUGGGAGCUGUGCUAAGAUUGCAAAAUACUUUGACUCAUUUUGUUUGGGGUGUUACGUUGGAAUUACUACGUGUUACGGAAUUAUUUGUGGAUCAAUGUGAGGAUACUGAUAAAAAGGAAAAGAAAGAUAAAAAACCGAUUGGUAAUGGCGAUAGUAUCCCCGUUUUAAAACCGGUUCCGCUUCAACAUUGCGAUUUGUUAUCGACCUCGUCUGAUUCACCUCAAGUAGAAAUUUUACCUUUACCUAAUUUACAAAAAUUAUUGUUGGCUAAUUUACCAUCGACACGUGUGAAAAUUUUAAAAAUACCGUUCCACGCUACGUGGAGACAAACUUUACAAGAUGCAGCAGGUUAAGAUAAGAACUAAUAUUUAAAUAUUAAUCAUAUACAUACAAGUUUAAUCGUAUCAUAUAUAUUUUUUUUAAUUCUGUAAGGUUUUAUUUCUUUAGAAAACCUCACCUUCAAUUUGUAUAGAUUUUCAAUUGUUCCACUUUUAAUGUUUGUUUUUAUGUUUAAUUUGGACGUUAUAUUUUAGUUGCUUGUGUAAGUAUCAAUAAAAUAUAGAUUGUAUCUUUUAAUAUAAGGUGGGAGAGUGUUCCAAUUUUAUUUUCAAAGUAUAUCUGAUAGUUCUUGUUGUACUUUUUUUUCGCGAUUAGAGAAUCUAUGUUAUUUUACAGGAUUUAGAAAUAACGUAUAAAUAUAUAUAUAUAUAGUUAUUAUAUUUCUUUUUUUGGAGAAAUAAGAUUGUAAAUUAUUACAUUUUUCAAUAAAUAUUUUCCGGAAAUAAUCUUGGGGUUAUUCUAAACUAACUUAUUUUAUACUUUCAGAAAAAAACCUAUAUUUACAUCUUACACAGUUAUUUACAUACUUUAAAUUGGGUGUGUUAAAUAAUAUUCCAUUAAUUAAAUUCGUGGGCGAAACUAUUGAUAUAAACAAUCAUUAAACGUAGCGGAGACGCGUAACAACUCGUUUAAAUAAUUA